CUAUGGUAUUUUCCUGCCUAUCCUUUUAUCACCCAUCCACUUCAUCCGCUCUUCUUCAACCUCUACUGCAUUUCGAGUAUUUUUACUCGUAACGAAAGCCAGAGUGAGUGGGUUGGAAGGAGGAGGAGGUGAACCAAAUGCACCAAUCGUUUCCAAGGCAAUGGCAGCGAUGACCGAUGUGAAUUCCCAGGGACAAUAAACGACGAAGUCGAUGGUAUGCGGCUGCAGCCCUUUUUCUAUAUAAAACGACGAAAUUUUGGGAUAGAAGCAAAGAAGCUGUUGGCAGAAGCAGUGGAUUAAGAGCUGCUGGCUCCAUUCGUGUUGUGAUUGAUACAGCAGCCUACCUUCUUGUCAGGAUGAACCACUUUAUGGGAGUGUUUCUGCUGGGCGUGGUGGCCAUGAUCACCCUCGUACACGCCCUUCCGACGGGCGAAGAAGUUGCCCCAGCUGAAGCGGUCGACGUUCCCCAAGACGAGACCCUGGGGACAGCAGAGUCGGCGUGGGGAUGGGGUGGCUACGGAGGUUACGGAAGGGGAUUUGGCGGUUACGGGGGUUAUGGAAGGGGAUGGGGUGGCUACGGAGGUUACGGAAGGGGAUUUGGUGGUUACGGAGGUUAUGGAAGGGGAUGGGGUGGUUAUGGUGGUUACGGAAGGGGAUGGGGUGGUUACGGAAGGGGAUGGGGGUACUAUGGUUAAGUGCGACAUUAUUUGCAGAAGAUAAACGGACUGAUUGAUGGUUCUCGCAACUAUUUGUUCACCUUGCGAUGAAAAAUACAGACUUUCUUGCCGCAAUGUGUUUGACUAUUGCCAGUGGUUACUGUAAUCUGAACAAGAUUAUUCGAAACAGGGAAACCACCUUAAAAGGCUGUUAACAGUGUUCAUCUCAUUGUGUGUAUAUCUCUUUUUUUAUAAGAAGUAAAUAUGUCAACAGAUACGUGUGAAAUAAUAAAGUAUAAAAAUCA